UAUAACUCGUUACUAGCCACUUCUGCUUUUUAAUUACUCACUUUCAAUUAUAAUACAGCAUUUGCUUUAGAAAUGUGUUUCUUAAGGGUCAAUCUAACUGUACUUGUGUGAUUUUUCUGCUACUGUGAUAUUUUAUGGGAGGGUUAAUAUUGUAGUUUCCCUACAAUGUUAACUUUUAUCUUGCAGCAUGUUUAAAGGUUGGUGUAGCUCCAGCAGACAUGGAUUCAGUGCAUAGUAGAUGACAGAUAUUGCGUAAACUCAGGGUCAGCCUAGUUUUAAAAGGUCGGGAUUAUGCUUUGUUUUGUUAUAUCUCCCCUCACUUUGUUUGCACUCCGUCUAAUCGUCAUUAAUUUAUACUGAUUUACAAGCACCGUGUAGGAGCGGACACAGGUUAAACAUGUUGGACGGUGCCCAGUUUGUGGAGGCUCUGGGCCGCCUGGAUUAUCCUCACGCAUCAUCGCUGAACGCCUCCGAGUUCGACUGGCUGUUUGACUGUGCCCCGGAGAACCUUCACUUUUUGCGCUUCGUCUGUCGGACCCUCAACCGCAGUAAUGUCCUCACCACAGAGGAGGCACUUGCAUUUCAAGAGCUAAAGAAGUCCGGCAAAGCAAUUUUGGAUGAAGCAGCUUUGGGCAAAGUCCUUAAAACCAUUGGACCUUCAGAUGGAAGCAGUGCCAACAUGUUGGAUCCUUUUUCUUCAUCAUCCUCCAUGUUUGCAGCAGACGGGGAUUUGGCCAUAGAAGACUUGGAGGCAGAGCUUCAGGCGCUGUAUAAAGAGAAGGAGCUUAAGCAACGCCGCUAUAACAAGUUGCAGGUUAUGGCCAUCUCUCGUGCAGAUGUUGAUUUGCAACUUGCACGAGAGCUGGACAGCGCUGGAUGUAAACUUAAGGAAGCUUAUGCUUCUAUUGGAGGUGAGAAUGCUGAUACCAACGCACUGUUGCAAAAGCUAACGGAAGAGGCGUGCAAGCUUGCCUCAUAUCUCCCUCAGCCAGAAUCCAUGCAAAAAGGAGACCCUGCAGCUCAAUCAGACCCCUCUGUCUCCUUGAGGCCCACUUUCCUGCUCUCUCAGCUGUCACUGGAUCCCUACUUGCAUCAAGAGGAACUCAACACCAAAGCACUAGCUGCCCUCACACGGAAGCAUUUUUUUCAAGGCAUUUCAGACAUUGUUGAGACUUCUUGUUCAGAGCGCUUUCAGGUCCUCGAUCUCAGUUCCUGUGAAAAUGAAGAAGUGGAAGAAAUUGACCGUGAAGGAGAAAAGGGGGAAGAUCAUGUUGUCAAUCGCAGGAGGAUGGAGAUGGCAAGACUUCAGUGGUCACAUAUUGUGGCUCAGCAUCAGCUGAUGCAGGCCACGGCAGAGGAGAAGGGUGUCAAGGCUGGUCUAGACUGGCUCUCUGAAAACACUUGCCACACUAAGAGCAUUUCCACUUCCUCCUCACUGCAUGUUCGUGAAGUUGUGUCAAGGAAAGAGCUGCAGGCUGUGGAGGCAGAGCUGAAAGCUCUGCUUCAUGGACCAGUACCUGCUGCCCUCAGGGAGUCUGCCAGAUUGCUAAAUGUUCCCGUGGUCAGGGGUGACCUGGCUCUGCAACUGGCCAGGCAGGACUACUACACUUCCAGACAGGACCAGGUGCGUGACUGUUUACUCCGUCAGAAAGCAUCCUUUGAGUUGGUACUUCUGGCUCAGGAGAUGGAGUUGAGGAGGUGGAAAACAUGUCAGAAUCAGCUGAGAGAAGUUAGUGACAGACUGACAAAGGAGUGCGAAGCAGCAUCCGUAAGAAUUGAAGCUCUUGCACACCCAGAUCUGGCAGUCAACCCUAGACCCAACCCUAUCAUCAGCAGCAAAGAUGCUGCUUUCAUUAGACUGCUCCAGAUUCUCGACCAUGAGUCAGGCCAUAGUCGAUCAGAACCUUUUCGGACAUAUGAAGCAUUGGACCAGGCUGCUUGUGAUCUGGCAAAUCGCCUCCAGCUGACCCAAGACUCGAUAGCUGCUGCUUGCCGUGAUCAGCUGUACACUACAGCUCGCUUCCAUGGCGAUUGCGAGGCGCUCCAUCGAGCCAUGUACACGCAACUCCAGCAAGUGGUCUUAGGCCCCCAGGUAUGUCCGACGGCCAUAACUGACCAGGAGCUCCUUUGCCCAAAUGCACAGGAGCUGACACUGAAACUUGCAGAAGCAGAGUCUCAGUUGCAGAAUUUGCAACGAGUGAUGCAAGAAAUCCUGGGAGAAGUCAAAGCCAAGCGCUCUCAGCUGGAACGCAAUCCCCUUCAAAGGCGGGAAAGGGAAUUGUACAUAUUUUUCCACCUGGAUGCUGGGCUGCUGCAGAAAAUGGUGGAAGAUCUGGAGGGCAAAAUAACAAAGAGAGGGCAGCAGUGACAGCCGCAGAGCUCCGGCAGCCAGCGUGCCCCGAUAAGGGGCACACGUUUUGCUCCAACUGAAGACAGAUAGGAAUACACUGAUAACAAGUGUGCUUUGCUUUGUGAAGAUGAUCAGUCUAAGGCAAUGGCCUGUAGGAUGUUUAUGAUCAUUUUAGAGAUCUGGGUGUGUGCUUUUUUCAUGCAAUAAUUCAUAAAAAACUUUCAUGAUGUCUUAUGUCUCCUGAUGUUCUGAAAUAAUUGUUUUCCUCAUCUUUUGUCAUCUGGCAAAUAAAGUAAAA